AAUCAAAAAUCAAAUCACUCCCUGCUGCUAUUGUCUGUUAUUUACCACCCACCACCCUCCCUCUCUCUGCUCCUCAAUGGAGCUGUCAUUUUCUCCUCCAUCUUCUCUUGGAAUUUCUGCCUUAAACACUCACCGCAACACCUCUUCUCAUCAACCAAAGAUACCCAUUAAGCCCACAAGCAAAUCAUUUGAUUUAUUCUUCAAAAGCUCAAAACCUUUUCCUUCAAGCACUGAAAUUUACAGUCUCAAAAGAAGCUCAAAACUAGCACCAAACAGACAUUACAGACGGAAUCCCAUCUGGGCCUGCAGUCAAGCUGGAGCAGCUGGAUCUGAUCCAAUAUUAAACAAAAUCUCAGAUUUCAAAGAUGCAUGUUGGAGAUUUUUAAGGCCUCACACCAUACGCGGCACAGCUCUAGGUUCGACCGCUUUGGUGGCAAGAGCAUUGAUCGAGAACACAAAUCUGAUUAAGUGGUCUCUGGUGUUAAAGGCAUUCUCUGGUCUUUUCGCUCUAAUAUGUGGGAAUGGUUAUAUAGUCGGCAUCAAUCAAAUCUAUGAUAUUGGAAUAGACAAAGUUAACAAACCUUAUUUACCCAUAGCUGCAGGAGAUCUUUCAGUUCAAUCUGCAUGGUUGUUGGUGAUAUUUUUUGCAGUAGCUGGGGUCCUGAUUGUAGGACUAAACUUUGGUCCAUUCAUCACUUCUCUUUACUGUCUUGGCCUUUUCUUAGGCACCAUCUAUUCAGUUCCCCCACUUCGAUUCAAGAGAUUUCCAGUCAUAGCAUUUCUUAUAAUUGCCACGGUAAGAGGUUUUCUUCUCAAUUUUGGCGUGUACCAUGCCACCAGAGCUGCCCUCGGACUUCCUUUUGAAUGGAGCUCACCCGUGGCAUUCAUUACAACCUUUGUCACAUUGUUUGCACUGGUUAUUGCCAUAACAAAAGAUCUUCCAGAUGUGGAGGGGGAUCGCAAAUAUAACAUAUCAACUUUAGCAACUAAACUUGGAGUUAGAAACAUUGCAUUUCUUGGUUCUGGGCUUUUACUGGUGAAUUAUGUUGGAGCUGUACUAGCAGCUAUUUACAUGCCUCAGGAUUUCAGUCGUAGCCUAAUGAUACCCGCACAUACAAUCCUUGCACUGAGCUUGGUUUUCCAGAUGUGGGUCUUGGAACAAGCAAAUUACACAAAGGAGGCAAUCUCAGGGUUCUAUCGGUUUAUAUGGAAUCUCUUUUAUGCUGAAUAUAUCAUAUUUCCUUUUAUCUAGCUGAAUUUUGAUUUUUCCCGGGAGUUCACAGAGAGAUUGUACUUCACAUAUCUGUUAUUUUGCAACGUAAUAGUUAUUGUUGCAAUUUAUAACAUGCAGCUAGCAUCACUUUGUAUCAUUGUAUCAGUCUCUUCCUCGAUAGCAAAAUGUGAGAUUUUUCUUU